AUGGCAUCCUCAUCAUCUUAUGGAUCAAGAUAUUCAAGAAGAAGUUCGUUGUCAACAGUAGCAAAUAUUCAAGCGAAUCAAUCGCUUAAUCGUCAACAAUCGAAAAAGAAUUUGACCGAUUCUCCUAUUGCUGAUGUUAAAGAUGAACGUGUUUCUCGACGACGUUCUUCUCCAAGUGCACGACAUUUGAAAACUUUACAGAUGCAAACAACAGCAGCAACACCACAACGAUCAAGAAACAAUGAUGAUGGAGAUAUAAUCGGGAUGUAUGAUGAAAAUGAUAAUCAAGAUGAUCAAGUUGAGCAACUGAACAUCUCGUCUGCUUCAAUAGCUACAGAAAGCAUGGAAAUGUCUCAACAAUCGAGUUAUAAUAAUUAUUCAACUUCUGUUAAUGGUAACAAUAUGGGAAACAAAUCAACUAUAACAAAAUAUGAAUUAUUAAAUCGAUAUUUUAAAAAACUUAAUACUGGUGGUUACUAUUGUAACUUAUGUAAUGGUACAAAACAUGCGCAAAAAGUAAGGUUUUUUAAAUAUUGCGCAGAAGUGAUCACUAAACAAUUUCUGUUAGAAAAAACGAUUUAA